GUUCAGGUCGAACCUUUAGUGCGGACGGUCGUUUGCCGAGGGCCGCGCGUUUGUGUUGUAUUAGUUUUUGAAACACUCGAUUGGAACAGUGCGACGCAUUUCAGAUGGUAAUUUAAAACUGCCAGUGCCAGCUUCUUCUUGCAAGGGCAGAUCGCCAUGUCGGAUAACGAAUAUUGGUAUCCCUCGAAUCCCUAUUUGUCGAGGCAACUUCUUCUCGGCAAGCAGCACCAAACGCGUGGCAUUAAUGGAACAGUCGUGGACGGAUACGGCCCUUUAGACCCCUCUCAGCAGCAGCUCAAAACAGUGGCGGGGGUGAGAGGAGGCUUCUACCCUGCCUACAGCCUCAGCGGCUCGGAGGGUGAAGGUUCGCCGGUGCACCAGCAGCAGAACUCGCGCUCCCUGCGUCGCGGCUACCAGCAGCAGCAACAGUAUAACCAGAACCAGUACCAUACGCCGUACGCGGCGCCGCACCUGUCCGGCGCCGGCCUCAGCGACACUCCCACUUCGGAGAACGCUUCCGACGCAACCCUCACGGACAGCGAGUUGGCCCUCGCCAGGGACUCGACGCUCCUCGUCCAAAACGGUGGUUUCCUCGACAGUUCGCAUCACCCUCCAAAUGUGCCACCAAGAAACCAACCGUCGAUGAAUCGCCUCAACGGCCGCAGCACCACUGGCCUUACCGCUUCUGACAUCAGGGACGGCGACUUUGAACCCUCAUGCCUGGUUCGCACUCCGUCCGGUAACGUGUACAUACCCACAGACAUACCAAAGACGUCACCAAUGGAUUACAAGUCAAACUCGUCUUGCAGCAGCCCAACCAAGGGCGACCACAAGAGCACCGACAGUUACAGGAUGACAUUUGGGCCUGGAGGCGCGGUUCCUGUUUUACCAGGACGGGGCAACAUGCGCAGGCCAAACUCGAGUCAUUUCCCGCAAUCGUCGCGGUCGUUCCAGUUCCGGAAGGGACUCGCCAGCAAAUGCUCGUGGAAAUGUACAGCCAUAGUCUUCAUCAUUUUGUGUGUUGUGUUGACAGCAGCUCUCACUUACAUGUUUGCUACCAACCUGCUGAACUGGUCAUAUCAGAGCUCUGCCGCGUGCACCGUGUUCGUGGGUGACCAGAACUCGGACGCCAACGGCUUCAAGGGCGACAACCGCACAACGUCGUCGGGCAGGUCACGGCCCGCGACUGUCGGCGGUGGCGGCGCAGGAGGCAGCAGCGGUGGCGGCCCUGACCAAGAAUGGGUGUCGACCACACCAUUAGGGCUAAUGACCUCCUCGGCUGCGCCUUUGGCGGUUGACGAGGAGGAGGAGGGUGCCGAGGAGACGACGGUGGAGAGCACCACCGUGCAGGAGAUGGUCACCACCACGGAGCGGGAGGUCACCUGCCCAGUGGUAACGUGUCCCACGCCACCGCCGCCCACGAUUCUUAUCCUCGAAGGAGGAAAAACCUUCCCAGCACGAACAUUCCCGCCGGACGGCACUACUUUCUCGCUAAUUCAACUUGGCCAGAAAUUAUCGCAGACCAUUCCGCAAUACGGCUAUUGGAACAUGCAGUUCUAUCGGCCUGAAGCAGCCUACGUCAAGUUUGACUACAACAUCCCCAGAGGAGCGAGCAUAGGUGUCUUUGCCAGACGAAACGCGCUACCCACUCAUACGCAGUAUGACUUUAUUGAGGUUCUCAGCGGCUUCAAGGCUAGAACUACCAGGGCUUCAGCGACAAGCGUCAAAAAGGAGGUGACCCACUACAUGGAGCAGGGCCACUGGUUCUUGUCCCUCUAUAACGACGAUGGAGAUCCCCAGGAAAUCUCAUUUGUUGCCGCCGUUGCUGAAGAUAUGACCGAGAGCUGUCCCAACGGAUGCAGUGGCAAAGGAGAGUGUCUGCUCGGGCACUGCAAGUGCACCCCUGGCUUUGGUGGGGAAGAUUGUAGCGAGAGCGUUUGUCCAGUCCUCUGCAGUCAACGAGGCGAAUACAUCAACGGAGAGUGUCAGUGCAACCCUGGCUGGAAAGGCAAGGAGUGUAGUUUGCGGCAUGAUGAAUGCGAAGUGCCUGACUGCAACGGCCACGGCCACUGCACCAACGGCAAGUGCGAAUGCGUCCGCGGAUUCAAGGGCAAAUUCUGCGCGGAAGUUGACUGUCCGCACCCGACUUGCUCCGGACAUGGUUUUUGCGUCGAGGGCGCUUGCAUCUGCAAAAAGGGCUGGAAGGGCGCAGAUUGUAGUGUAACGGACGACGACGCGAUUAUGUGUCUGCCAGACUGCAAUGGGCAUGGCAAAUUUGACUUGGAGGCGCAGAAAUGCACUUGCGAUGCACCCUGGAUUGGAGACGACUGCUCGAAACAAAUGUGCGAUUUGGACUGUGGACCUCAUGGUCACUGCGAAGGAGACGCUUGCGCUUGCGACCCUGGAUGGGCCGGCGACUUCUGCGGCCUGAAGCAAUGUGACCCAAGGUGUGCUGACCACGGCCAGUGUAAAAACGGCACUUGCCUCUGCGUGACUGGCUGGAAUGGCAAACACUGCACUCUGGAAGGCUGCCCAAGCGGAUGUGGCGGGCAUGGGCAGUGCAAGGUCAACGUUGAUGGUGACUGGGAGUGCAAAUGCUAUGAUGGAUGGGAUGGAGCUGACUGUAACGUUGCCCUCGAAAGCAGCUGCAAUGAUGGAAAGGACAAUGACAAAGAUGGCUUGGUUGAUUGUGAAGACCCAGAAUGCUGUGGCAACCACGUGUGCCGAUCAAACCAACUGUGCGAGUCAGCACCAAAGCCUAUCGACAUUCUGCUAAGGAAGCAGCCUCCUGCCAUUACAGCCUCUUUCUUCGAGCGGAUGAAAUUCUUAAUUGAGGAGGGCAGCCUGCAGAAUUACGCCAAACAGGAAUCGUUCAACGAAAGUGUCUUUUGGAAUCACUUCAACACAAGCCGGGCAGCCGUGAUCAGAGGGCGAAUCGUCACCUCCUCAGGGAUGGGAGUCAUUGGUGUGAGGGUGGCAACCAGUUUGCUCCUGGAAGGCUUUACUAUGACCAGAGAGGAUGGUUGGUUUGACCUCUUGGUGAAUGGGGGUGGAGCUGUCACCCUGCAGUUUGGCAAAAGUCCCUUCAGACCCCAAACUCAAGUUGUCAAUGUUCCAUGGAAUGAGGUUGUGGUGAUCAACACUGUAAAAAUGGGCAUGGGAGAAGAUAAGGCUGUUGCUAUAAUACCACAGACGUGCGAUGAUCAUGACUAUGACCUGAUGAAGCCCGUUGUUCUUGCUACCUGGAAGCAUGGUUUUCAAGGCGCUUGUCCUGACAAAAGUGCUAUUCUUGCUGAAUCACAGGUGGUACAGGACAGCCUUCGCAUCCCCGGAACUGGCCUUAAUCUAGUGUACCACAGUUCAAGAGCGGCCGGCUAUCUCUCGACCAUCCAACUGCAGCUCACCCCAGGCAAAGUCCCUGCCUCUCUGAAACUCGUCCACCUCAGAAUUACAAUUGAAGGCAUUUUGUUCGAAAAGACCUUUGAGGCUGACCCAGACAUCAAGUUUACCUAUGCUUGGAAUAGGCUGAAUGUUUACAGACAGCGCGUUUAUGGCGUCACCACAGCAAUGGUCAAGGUUGGCUACGAGUACAACGACUGCCGCGACAUCAUUUGGGACGUGCAGACUACCAAACUCAGUGGUCACGACAUGGGCAUCUCUGAGGUGGGAGGCUGGAAUUUGGACAUUCACCACAGGUACAACUUCCACGAGGGCAUUCUGCAGAAGGGCGAUGGCUCCAACAUUUACCUGAAGCACAAGCCAAGAGUGAUUUUGACCACCAUGGGCAACGGACACCAAAGAGCUUUGGACUGCACAGACUGCGAAGGGCCUGCUUCAAAGCAGAGGCUGUUGGCUCCGGUCGCGCUUGCCUACGCACCUGAUGGUUCUAUUUUUGUUGGAGACUUCAAUCUCAUCAGACGCAUUAUGAUCGACGGCUCUGUGCACACUGUGGUUCGCCUCAAUGCGACCAGAGUCUCCUACAGGUACCACCUAGCUCUGAGCCCCAUGGACAACACGCUCUAUAUUUCCGACCCUGAGUCACACCAGAUCAUCAAGGUGCGCAACAUUGACGACUUCAGUGAUCCUGACAGGAACUGGGAGACUGCUGUGGGCAGCGGAGAACGCUGCUUGCCAGGUGAUGAGGCCCACUGCGGCGAUGGUGCUCUGGCCAGGGACGCCAAGUUGGCUUACCCCAAAGGAGUCGCUGUGUCUGCUGAUAACGUCAUCUACUUUGCUGACGGUACCAACAUCAGGAUGGUGGACAGAGAUGGAAUCGUCACCACGGUCAUAGGCAACCACAUGCACAAGUCGCACUGGAAGCCCAUUCCCUGCAAGGGUACCCUCAAGGUGGAGGAGGUGCAUCUGAGGUGGCCUACCGAGCUGACCAUUAACCCCUUGGAUAACACUUUGCAUAUCAUCGAUGAUCACAUGAUUCUCCAGCUCACUUUGGACGGCCGCGUGAAGGUUGUCGCCGGCCGGCCGCUGCACUGUAGCUCUCCCUCGCGAAGCCACAAUUCGGAUCUGGCCACCGGCGCGACUUUGGUCAUGCCUCAGAGCAUCGCCUUCGCGCCAAAUGGUGACCUCUACGUCGCCGAGAGUGACUCGCAGCGAAUCAACCGCGUCAGGGUCAUCGGCACCGAUGGAAAGAUCCAGCACUUUGCGGGAGCAGAGUCAAAAUGCAACUGCUUGGACAGAGGCUGCGGCUGCUUCGACGAGGACCACUUCCUCGCCGCCACCUCCAAGUUUAAUACGAUUUCUUCCAUCACCGUUACUCCUGACGGCAUUUUGCACAUCAGCGACCAGGCCAAUUACCGCAUAAGGUCGGUGACCGCCAGCCUGCCUGAGGCCAACGCGAACCGUGAGUACGAAAUCUACUCACCUGAGACGCAGGAGAUCUACAUCUUCAACCGGUUUGGUCAGCACAUCUUGACCAAGAACAUCCUGACCGGCGAGACCAUCUAUAUUUUCUCCUACAACGUCAACACGAGCAACGGCAAGUUGAGCACGGUCACAGACGCAGCUGGAAACAAGGUAUUCCUGCUGAGAGACUACGCCAGCCAGGUGACUUCGAUCGAGAACACUAAAGGCGAGAAGUGCCGCUUGCGAAUGUCGAGGAUGAGGAUGCUGCAUGAGCUGGGCACCCCUGACAACUACAAUGUCACCUUUGAUUACCACGGCUCUACAGGCCUUUUGAAAACCAAACUGGACAGCACCGGCAGAAGCUAUGUCUACAAUUAUGACGAGUUUGGCCGACUUACUUCUGCAGUCACUCCGACCGGUCAAGUGAUCAGUCUGUCUUUCGAUCUGAGCACCAUUGGCGCCACUGUCAAGGUCAAGCAAGGUGACUUAAAACCUGUGUCUUUGCUCAUCUCAGGACCUAGCGUGUCGAAGAAGAUUGGCGAGCAGGAAACGCAUAUAACUACCCUCCUGCCCGAUGGAAGCGUGACCAGUGAGACACCAUGGAAGCACAAGAUCAGCACAGAAACAACUGCGUACACGGUCCUGACAGACAUCGACCCUGUGUUGGGCGAGAGCUUCCCAGUACCUGCCAAACAAAAAACGGAAAUUGAUGGUGACCUGGCCAACAGAUUUGAGUGGCGCUACUUCCUGAGAAGAGAGGGCAAGGGCAAGAAUAAGGCCGUUGUGCAGAUUGGAAAGAAACUCAGGGUGAAUGGCGAAAAUCUGCUCACCCUGGAGUAUGACAGAGAAACCAACACUGUCGCUGUGUUUAUGGACGAGAGGAUGGAAAUUUUGAAUAUUACAUAUGACAGAUUGGCCAGACCUGUCAAGUUUGGACCAAGCAGAGGGGCGUUUGAGGCAGUGGAGUUGGAGUAUGACAGAUUUAGCCGCAUAUCAAGCUGGAAAUGGGGAGAGCUAUCAGAGACCUAUGUGUUCGACAGGGCUGGCCGCCUAUUUGAAAUUCGCUACAGUGACAAUUCUGCUGUUAAAUAUUCAUUCAAGGACACGUUCAGCAGCUUGCCUUUGAAGGUGACAACACCACGAGGCAGUGACUACUUCUUGAAGUAUGAUGAGGGCGGUGCUCUAGAAAGGCUGACGACACCGAGAGGGCACAUCCAUCAAUUCUCUCUGCAAACCUCUCUGGGCUUCUUCAAGUACCGUUACAGCUCACCAGUUAGCAGGCAUCCGUAUGAAAUCAUGUACAACGACAACAGUCAGAUCCUGGCUAAGGUUUACCCGCAUCAAACUGGCAAGGUCGUCUACGCCUACGAUGACACUGGCAAGCUGGAGAACAUCCUUGCCGGUCUCUCUUCCACUCAGUACACCUACCAUGAGUCGACGGGCUUAGUCAAAUCGGCGACCGUGACGGAACCUGGCUACGAGCUGAAACAAGAAUAUCGUCACCACGCAGGCAUCUUGAAGGAAGAGCGACUCAAGUUUGGUGCCAAAUCAGACCUGUCCAACGCGCAAUUUAAGUACCAGUACGAUGGAAACGCGCGGCUGUCCACCAUUGACGCAGAGAUCAGCGGCCAACAGCUUCCCUCGCUCAAGCUGAAAUACAAUCAGAACCAGGGCAUGCUGGAGAGCGUGAGCGACCUUCGAGUUUACAAGAACACGUUCAAUAAGUCGGUGAUGCAAGACGCGAGCAAGCAAUUCUUCGCCAUCACUGAGUGGGACUCGCAUGGCCGAUUGAAAUAUUUCCUUAUCAACAUCAAGCAAUCUGAUGUAUUCCGAGUGGAGCUGGAAUACGACAAACGCAACCGCAUCAGUGCGCAGGUGAUGGAAGUCAAAGGACGCAAAGUAACCGACAAGUUUGAGUACAACAGCGAUGGACACCUCCUUGAAGUGUCCGGAGACAACAACUGGAAGUUUGUAUAUGACGAAAAUGGCAACGUGAUUGGAACGCUCGACAAAGGCGACAAAAUCUCGCUUGGCUACGACAGCGGUGACCGCGUCGUGCAGGUUGGCGACGUCGAGUUCUGCAGCUACGAUGGACGUGGCUUUGUGGCGCGCAGAGGUGAGCAAAAGUACAGCUAUACAGCGCGCGGCUUCCUCGUGCUUGCGAUCGAGAAGGGCAAGUUCCAGACAAAGUACCACUACGACGAGCGUGGCAGACUGCUCGCCAUGCGGGACAACAAGGGCCAGGUGACGCAGUUCUUCUAUGCCAACCCCAGCGCCGAAGACCUUGUCACACACGUGCACACGCCAAAGACGGGCAAGACGACGCGUUUGUUGUAUGACCAGCGGCAGGUGCUAAUCGCCAUCGAGACGGCUGACAAGAGGUACUAUGUGGCCUGCGACCAGAACGGUUCUCCCAUCGCCGUCUUCGACAUGGUCGGCAACUUGGUCAAGCAGAUCACGCGCACGCCCUUCGGGAAAGUGAUCAAGGACACCAAACCGGACUUGUACCUGCCAGUCGACUUCCACGGCGGCAUCUUGGACCCCAGCACCGGUCUGGUCUACAUCAGGAGGCGGCUCUACGACCCUGUGGUUUCCCAGUGGAUGACUCCUGCCUGGGAGGACCUUGCCAACAAGCUGACAACGCCUACAGACGUCUUCAUCUAUCGAUUCAACAACAACGAUCCUAUCAACAGUGGAGCACCUAUUAAUUACAUGGCUGACUUGGCGAGCUGGCUGACCCUCUACGGCUAUGAUGUGUCGCAAAUGAUGGGUUCGUCUUACUCAUCCCGCUCAGUGUACCGCCCAACCGCAAUGGUCACAUCGUCGCAGCUGAUGCCGCAAUUUGGAGUCAUCUCUGGCUUGCAGUGCAUCGCUGAAAAGAUCAACGAGCAGUUCCAGGAGCUUGGAUUCAUCCCGAAGCCACUGCUCAAGCUGGAGCCCAAGACCCGCAACCUUCUGCCGCGGGUUGCAUCGCGCAGAGGCGUUUUUGGUGAGGGACUCAUGAUCUCACGCGUUGACGGACGAGCGCUUGUCAGCAUCGUGGAAGGCGGUGUCAAUGGACCUAUCCAGGACGUCGUCUCAUCCGUGUUCAAUAACUCGCAUCUCCUGGACGUGCGGCUGAGCAAUCACGACCAGGCGGUGUUCUACUUUGUCAAGGACAACGCGCUGAAGAUGCGCGACGACCAGGAGGAGCUGCGUCGUCUGGGCGGCCUAUUCAAUGUGUCGACGCACGAGACCGAGCACAAAGGCAGUCCCGAGCUGCGCGUGCACAACUCAGAAGCAGCUGUCUUCAUCAGGUACGGCGCUGACCCCGCGCAGGAGCGGCAACGUGUGCUUCGGCACGCGCACAAGCGGGCCGUUGAGAAGGCCUGGGAGAUCGAGAAGCAGUUGCUGUCCUCUGGCUUCCCGGGCCGCAUCAACUGGACCGAAGACGAGAGGACGGAGCUGGAGAGCCGCGGCUCGGUGUACGGCUACGAAGGUGUCGAGGCGCACAGCAUCCACAAGUAUCCGCAGUUGGCCGACGACCCGUCCAACGUCCGCUUCCUGAAAGCGGGCGACGACAAGCGCAAGCGACGCAAGAGCAAACGCUCGCACUCGCACCACGACGCGUGAGGAAUUUAAAGGACCCCUCGCCCGGCCGGGCUAACCUUGCGUCUCGUGUUCGAGUGACUACUUUUUGUAUUCUGACCAGGAUCGGUGUAGAUGGAACGGACCGUGAUUUUGGUUCCAUUCCACCGCGGUAUGGCUUGAAUUUUGUCGGUAUCAAAAGUGGUCAGUGGAUAAUGAGACUAAGGCACUAGCUCGACUUGGCAGGUCCUUUAUCAAGUGAUACUCUAGUUAGGAGCUUACAAGGACGAGCUCACAAGUGAGGUUUUCGCCCAAGUGAGACAAACUUUUUCUACGAUGUGGCGUUGAGAUGAAUAAAAUUUUGAGAAGGCCUCUUCCUACUUGUGUUUAAGAAUAACAGGGUAGACACCAUUGCUACUUGUGGACAAAGACUGCUGUCUCGGCGCCGGUCAGACAAACUCUUGUCUAGCUCUCUUUCUCUCUCACACCCACAAACACUCCCUCUUUCUCUCUAUCUCUCUCAAACUUCAGUCAGUACGAAUCGAGAAAAUAUAUCUUCGCGUCUUUUUUGUAUCUGUGAUUUUACGAAAACUGAACUGUAACUUGUAAAAAUGUUUUUUAUAAAUUAUUAUUUUUUAAAAUGGUUUUAUUAGCUGAUAAUGUGUGAAGCUAUUCACAUCUUCGUUUUUGUUUGUUAAUUUCUUGGCUGUAACUUGCUUCUAAAGUGAAAACGACAAAAACGGUUGAGAAAUCAUGCGGACUUGGAGUGUUAGAGUGCAUUACACAAACAUGCUGCUCUUCUCUUUUAAUGCAAAAUCUCGAUACUAGGAUGGAGUAGAACCUCAUCUCUCAGUCUGCAGCACUUCCAAUUUGUAAAAAAGGGAAGCUGUCACUCAAUUUCGCAUGCAUCGUUUCGGCGAGCAAAAUGUGAACAAAAAGAUGACGUUUUGUAGUCCCCCAAAGUCACUAAUUAGACCCAAAUGCUAGUUGGAUUGAUUAAUAGCAAGCAUUGGAAGCGCGAUCAAUGAAAAUCAAACUCUACAGAUAAAACACUCAUGAUAUUUAGUGUUGAUUUCCGCCUCCGUGCGAGUUAUAUGGGUUUCUCGGGGGAUCUGAUAAGAUGAUUAUUACAAAUGAGACUGCAUGAUUUGUAUAAGAAAUGUCAAAACAGAGUGAAAAUCUCUUAUUUUCUUGCGUGGGGGUCUUCGAUUACUGGUGAGCCAAACGAGCAAUACUUGUGUAAAGAUAUUAUAAUUAAUUGUGUCAUGUAACUCAAGAGAGAAAAAACGCAAUUUGUGUAUAUCUAGGUGAGCAAAUGAUCAUUUUGUCUCAACAGUGACAACUGCAUUGACGAACUCAUAAGUGCAGCAAAAAAGUAAUAGUGGUGCCAAUUGUGGCAUAAAAUUCCUUCCCUAUAAUGAACGUAAUAAUUUAUUUGAGACGCGCCACGAUGAUGUGUAUAGAGUAGACACUAUAAUGUGCUAAUAAUUAAGGACAACAACUAAUAAUUUGCAUUGUAAAUAGACCUAACCAAAAAAGCAUUUGCAAAGUCCAUGUUAAAAACGAAAAAUACAUUAUUAGAAAUAUUUAAAAAAUAA